CUUUUACCCAUUAUGGCACCACCAGGGGCAGAGGAACCCAUAUUUGUAUGUCGCAAAGGAUACCAUGCCAUAAAUGUGCAAGCAGUAUGUGAUGCAAAUAUGAGGUACAUAAAUGCAGUUAUACGGUGGCCUGGCAGUACACAUGACGCUUUUAUAUUAGCAAAUUCAACACUGCCAGGCAUAUUUGAAUCAACUAACAAUGGCUGGCUGUUAGGGGACUCCGGCUAUCCAUUGAAGAAAUGGCUGAUAACUCCGCUACUGAAUGUGAAUACCGAACAGGAGAGGCGUUUCAAUGAAGCGCACAUGGCAACAAGAUGCGUUAUUGAAAGGUCUUUUGCUCUUCUGAAAGCCCGCUUCAGGUAAAUUUCACUUUAUCUACAUGGCAUG